AGCUGGUUUUUCCCGUUUCGACUGAGAUCGUGAACGAAACGCAGAGAGGAGAAGCAGCCAUGGGAGACGGCACUGCUACCACCGCCGGCAACCGCUCCAACAACAACAGCAACAAGCCAGAGUGGCUGCAACAGUAUGAUCUUAUAGGGAAGAUUGGGGAAGGCACCUACGGUCUCGUCUUCCUUGCUCGGAUCAAGUCUUCCACCAAUCGCGGAAAAUCCAUCGCCAUCAAGAAAUUCAAGCAAUCUAAGGACGGCGAUGGUGUCUCUCCCACCGCCAUCCGUGAAAUCAUGUUACUGAGGGAGAUAACACACGAGAAUGUUGUGAAGCUUGUGAAUGUUCACAUCAAUCAUGUGGACAUGUCUCUGUAUCUAGCUUUCGAUUAUGCCGAACAUGACCUUUAUGAAAUAAUUAGACAUCAUAGGGACAAAGUCAACCAUUCCAUUAAUCAGUACACUGUUAAAUCGAUACUCUGGCAGUUGCUCAACGGACUAAACUAUCUGCAUGGUAAUUGGAUAAUACAUCGAGAUUUAAAGCCAUCAAAUAUAUUGGUUAUGGGUGAAGGGGAGGAACAUGGGAUUGUUAAAAUUGCUGACUUUGGACUUGCAAGGAUAUAUCAAGCCCCUCUGAAGCCAUUAUCUGAGAAUGGGGUUGUUGUAACCAUUUGGUAUCGUGCACCUGAGUUGCUUCUUGGAGCAAAACAUUAUACCAGUGCUGUUGAUAUGUGGGCUGUGGGAUGCAUUUUUGCUGAGUUGUUAACCUUGAAGCCAUUAUUUCAAGGUGCAGAAGUCAAAGCUACACCAAAUCCCUUUCAGCUCGAUCAACUUGACAAGAUAUUCAAGGUUUUAGGCCAUCCCACAUUAGAAAAGUGGCCUUCCUUAGCAAAUAUUCCCCAUUGGCAACAAGAUAUGCAACAUAUACAAGGACACAAAUAUGACAACACUAGCCUUUAUAAUGUUGUGCACCUACCUCCAAAAAGUGCUGCAUAUGACCUGUUGUCAAAGAUGCUUGAAUAUGAUCCUCGGAAGCGUAUAACAGCAGCACAAGCUUUGGACCAUGAGUAUUUCAAAAUUGAACCACUACCUGGGCGGAAUGCACUUGUACCCUGCCAACCUGGAGAGUCAUUUGUGAAUUAUCCCACACGUCCAGUGGACACAACGACAGAUUUUGACGGGACCACCAACAUGCAACCUUCACAGCUGGCAUCUGGAGCUGUAGUUUCUGGCAACAUCCCUGGUGGUCAUGUGUCAAAUAGAUCUGUCCCACGGCCAGUGAAUGUUGUUGGCAUGCAAAGAAUGCCUCAUCAAGCAAUGCAAGCUUAUAAUCUCACGUCUCAGGCAGGGAUGGGUGGUGGAACGAACCCUGGUGGCAUUCCAAUGCAACGAGGUGUUCCACAGCAGCAACAGUUAAGAAGAAAAGACCAAAUGGGGAUGCCAGGAUACCCUCCACAGCAGAAGUCAAGACGUAUAUAAGGUGAAUCCUGUUGUUCCACAGCGUAUUGGUAUAUAAGGUUGUGCUCUUAGAGAUCAAGUGAAGAUAGAUUUGGGGUCAACACUAUUGAACUUGAGCUCAUUCAGGAAAAUUCAUGACCCCGAAGCUCCGAUGGUUUGCCUUCAUGCUUGGGGACCUCACUCUUUCUAAUUGCAGUCAAAGAUUUGUUGCAUUGGGCACAGGAAUCUGGAUGCUAUAAUAUGAACUAUACUGCUGGAGCACCAAUGAAGCCCUUGGAAGGGAACAAACAUGGGAAAUGGUUGAGCUACUGGAGACACAUGUAUAUCUCGCUUAUACCUGUACAUUUUUCUUGUAUUCUUACAGAUGUUAGGCAAGAUCAAAUGUUAGAUAUCAUAUAGUUUUUCGCCAAAAUCGAACUUUUAGAGAUUAACUGAUUAUAUGUAACCAUGUAUUCAUUGUAGAGUAUUGCCUCAAUCGAAAGGAAUUGUUGUGUUUCGUGGAAUAAGAUUACUUUCGGGUA